CUUUGACUUCCUUGACGUAUUCACCGGGUACAUGAAUGAAGUCCGCAUGGUCCAUAGCGUACUAGAACUUGGCGUCAUCGCCCUCAAGACUGUGCAGAAUGCGAUCGUUCUCCUCGGAAUACUUCAUGAAUUACUCGGUAUUAGAGAGGGGAGCAGUGAAGCCAGUGCAGAGUGGGAGGCUAUCAAGAAGACGUUGUUAGCGACGACAUUUGGGAUUGUGAUAUUGAUGGCGGUCAAGGAGUGGAAGGGUUUGUUGGCCCUGAGGUUCUUCCAAAUCAUAGAGGCCGCUGGAGGCUCCAUCUCCAUCGAUGGCGUCGACAUCUCACAGGACCCUUUCCUCUUUGGAGACUCUAUCCGCUCGAACUUGGACCCAUUUGGGCGUCAUAACGACACUGAACUCUGGGCUGCUUUGGAAUCUGCUUCGCUAAAGUCCUAG